UACAAUUUGAAGAGGAGAAGAGAAGACAGCGAGUCCACGUAAGGAAGGUAGAGACAGAGAGAAGGAGGAGGACAGUAACAAAUCGCUUCUAUCCUCCGAGACACGGUGCUGGUGUGACCGACGUAGCUAGCAGCAUCACCUCGCCUUCUGCGCAUCAUCCGCGGCUCCUUCUCGCAGCUGCCCGGGAGAGACUAUCUGAGUCUCAGCAAGGCCCAGGUGGAACGGCUACCUUGCUGUGAGAUAAGGUGAAUAGGUUUUUAUCCUGAUCUGUGGUUAUACAGCUGGAUCAAGAUGAAGGAGCGCCUACUGUGUCUGCUGGUCCUCGGAUCAGUAGCCCUGCAGGAGGCUGUCGGGGGAGACGUGUGUGUAUCGGGUCAUGACAGUGGGCCAUUGUUUGAAGAACAGCCAAGCAGUUUGAUCUACCCAGAGGGCCUGAGGGAAGGCAAAGUAACCCUAAGCUGUCAGGCCAGGGCCAGUCCAACUGCAUCCUACAGAUGGCUUGUGAAUGGCACAGAGGUACCGCUGGGUUUGGACCUGCGCUACACACUGGUGGCUGGAAACCUGGUGAUCAGCAGCCCCGAGCCUACUCGAGACACAGGCUCCUAUCAGUGUCUGGCCAUCAACCGCUGUGGCACCAUCAUCAGUCGAGCAGCUAACCUCAAAUUUGGCUACCUCCAUGACUUCCCACCAGACAGCAGGAGUCCUCAGACAGCAUAUGAAGGCGUAGGAACUUUCCUGGCCUGCCAGCCCCCUAUACAUUACCCAGCUCUAUCCUACCGCUGGUUGAUCAACGAGUUUCCCAACUUCAUCAAGAAGGACGAAAGUCGCUGGUUUGUGUCGCAGGUGACAGGUAACUUGUACGUGGCUAGAGCAGAGCCAAACGACACAGGGAACUACUUCUGCUUCACCACCAUCAACAUGGACAUCAACACCAAGAGCACCUUCAGCAAGGCCAACGCACUUACCGUGCUGCCCGACGCCAAUCCCAGGAAGUCAGCGCCAAGCAUCAAAGUGCGCUUCCCUGCAGAGACCUACGGCCUAGCAGGACACACUGCUCAGUUAGAGUGCUUCGCCUAUGGAAAUCCAGUCCCAAAACUGCGAUGGAGGAAGGUAGACGGUUUGAUGCCGUCCAAGGCAGGAUCCAGUGCUGAGAGCCCCACCCUCAUCCUGCCAGAACUCUCCUUCGAUGACGAGGGUCUUUAUGAAUGUGAAGCCUACAACUCAGAGGGAAGUGACACGUACCAGGGGCGCAUCAAUGUGCAAGCUCAGCCGGAGUGGUUGCAGGUGAUGAGCGACUCUGAGGUGGAGAUCAGUUCCGAGCUUGUCUGGGGUUGUGUUGCUGCUGGUAAACCCCGACCCUCCGUACGCUGGCUACGCAACGGACAACCACUCACCACACAGGACCGGGUAGAGGUGAACGGGGCUCGUCUUAAAAUCAGUAACCUGGCCCUGGAGGAUUCUGGGAUGUACCAGUGUGUGGCUGAGAACAAACAUGGCACAGUAUACUCCACUGCCGAGCUCAGAGUCCAAGUUCAGGCCCCUGACUUCCGGUUGAAUCCAGUAAGGAGACUGAUCCCAGCAGCCAGAGGGGGGCAAGUGAAGAUGGAGUGUCGCCCUCGAGCUGCCCCCAAGCCUAGCCUGUUCUGGAGCCGUGGGACAGAGCUGCUCACCAACAGCAGCAGAGUCACAGUAACUCCAGACGGCGUGUUAUGGAUCAACAACAUCAGCAGGGCAGAUGAGGGGAAAUACACCUGCUUUGCUGAAAACUAUCUGGGCAAAGCCAAUAGCACCGGACACCUGUCUGUCAGAGAUGCCACCAAGAUCACGCUGGCUCCUUCCAAUGCUGACAUCAACCAGGGGGAAAAUGUGACACUGCAGUGUCACGCCUCCCACGACCCCACCAUGGACCUCACCUUCACCUGGGCCCUCAACGGGGUCCUGCUGGACCUGGAGACCUCGGCCGGGCCGUACCAUCGGGUGGAAGGGAAGGAAAACAUUGGUGAUCUGCUGAUUGUGAAUGCUCAGCUGAGUCAAGCAGGGAUGUACACGUGCACAGCUCAGACUGUGGUGGACAGCGCUUCGGCUUCAGCCAAACUAGUGGUUCGAGGCCCCCCAGGACCUCCUGGAGGACUACUGGUGAAGAACGUGGCUGAGUCGUCGGUGGAGCUCAGGUGGAGUCGUGGCUACGAUAACCACAGUCCCAUUGGCAAAUAUGUCAUCAUGGGCCGGUCCUCGCUCUCACGGGGGUGGAAGAAGAUGAGGACAGAGCCAGUGAACAUUGAGGGGAAUGCAGAGUCGGCUCGUGUGAUGGGACUGAUGCCCUGGAUGGAUUAUGAAUUCCAGGUCAUCGCCAGCAACAUCCUGGGCAGCGGCGAGGCCAGCCUGCCCUCACACACCGUCCGCACACAGCAAGCAGCUCCCACAGUGGCCCCUAGCGGUCUUGGAGGUGGAGGAGGAGACCGCAAUGAACUCAUUGUUACGUGGACGCCUAUGGCCAGAGAGUACCAGAACGGUGACGGCUUUGGCUACACUCUGGCAUUCAAGAAGAAAGACACGCCAUCUUGGACUGUUGUGCGUAUUCCUCAUGUGGAGUCAUCCCGAUAUGUUUACUACAAUGACAGCUUGACGCCGUACACUCCCUUUGAGGUGAAGAUCAAGGCUUACAACCGCAGAGGAGAAGGUCCAUUCAGCCAGAUCGCUGUGGUCUACUCUGCAGAGGAAGAGCCGACAGUGGGGCCCUCAACCAUCAACGCCACGACGCUGAGCGCCUUCGAAAUCCAGGUUUCAUGGGAGCCAGUCCAGCAGCACAGCGGCAUCCUCAGAGGAUACGAGAUCCGGUACUGGCGGCAGCAUGAACGGGAAGCAGCAGCAGACCGAGUGCGAACAGCAGGACUGGAAACCACAGCUAGAGUGUCUGGACUCAGACCCAGCACUCGAUAUCACGUCGCCGUUCUGGCGUACAACAGCGCCGGCACGGGGCCGCCCUCGCCACGCACUACCGUCACCACCAGGAAACCACCUCCUAAUCGUCGUCCAGGCAACGUGUCAUGGAGAACUGAUGCCUCAUGGGUAACAGUGAGGUGGGAUCCUGUGAAGGCCAUGCACAAUGAGUCCGCUGUAUUGGGGUACAAAGUUCUGUACAAACACGAGGGCCAGGCAGCACUGAAGGUUCUGGACCACACCAAGACGUCCGUGAGCCUGCCGCUGCCAAAAGACAAUGGUUACGUUGUGUUGGAGAUCCGGUCGUGGGGAGAGGGCGGGGACGGGCCAGCACACGAGAUCAUUGUGUCCCGGGACUCAGGAACAGGUAUGAUGGUGCAGAACGAGGCCUCCUCCACACUUUCCACUCCCCCUCUCCACCUCCUCACUGGCUUGGUUCUACUCACUCUUGUGUCGUUGUUGGGCCUGUGAUUUCAGCCAUCUGUGGACCUUUUCAUUUGAACGGCUUGAAACUAAAGUUGCCUGUGUUUCGGGUCGGGUGGGUUCCAGUGGUCUGGGAAGGUUGUAGCACUGGAUUGGAUGGGUGUUAGAGAAAGGUUGGGGUUCAUUUUUUUUAAAUAAUAAAAAACAA